AAACCCGCGCCACGCGCGCGUCCCGACCGGAGAGUCAGAACACCAUUCCCCCGCCCUGCGGUGGAAUCGAAGCCAAAACGAUCCCUUUCUUCCCUCCGCAUCCGCCAUCCGCAUCGCCUCUCCGUCCGCGCGCGCCGCCGUGCCGGUUUCCCCACCCUCCCCUCCUUCCUUGCUUGCCGCCUCCACUUCCUCCUCUCCACGCUCUCCCUCCCCUCACUUGAUUCCUACCGGUAGCACACACCAACUAACCGCCGGACACUACUCUAUUCCGUCUCGUGCAACUUUUUAAGCCAGGUCGCGCACCUUACAGCGGGUGCGACUCCAUACUUUAAUCCAAGGAGAAGAACAAGUGUCCAAUCAUACGCCGAGACGGAGGAAGACGACGAUGAUGGAGGCGUGCUGCUGCUCCUCGUCGGUGCCGUCCGCGUCCAUCCUCGCCACGGGCGCGGGCCUCCGCCGCCGCUUCUCCCCCGCGGCGGCGGCGGCGGGCGGGAGGGUGCUCGCGCUCGCUCACCCGCUCCGCUCCUCCUCCGGAGCUCUGAUGGCGGCGACGCCUCGGCGGGGGCAGCAGCGGCGCGGGGGGGGCGCGGGCGUCGUCGUCAGGGCGGUCUUCGAGCGGUUCACCGAGCGGGCGGUGAAGGCGGUGGUGCUCUCGCAGCGGGAGGCGCGCGGGAUGGGGGACGAGGCGGUCGCGCCGCACCACCUGCUGCUGGGCCUCGUCGCCGAGGACCGGUCCGCGGCGGGGUUCCUCGCGUCGGGCGUCCGCAUCGAGCGCGCCCGUGAGGCGGGCCGCGCCGCCGUGGGGAAGGCCGGGCCCGCGCAAGCGGCCACGGGGCUGGCCACGGACGUGCCCUUCUCCGGGGCCAGCAAGCGCGUGUUCGUGGCGGCCGUCGAGUUCUCCAGGAACAUGGGGUGCAACUUCAUCUCCCCGGAGCACAUUGCCCUGGGCCUCUUCGACCUGGACGAUCCGACAACCAACAGCGUCCUCAAGAGCUUAGGAUUGGAUCCACGUCAGCUAGCAAAGCAGGCUCUUACACGAGUCCAAGGGGAGCUUGCGAAGGAUGGCAGAGAGCCUCUGGGACUAUCUUCUUUCAAAGUGCGUGAGAAAUCUACUGCUGGAAGUGGGAGGUCUCCAAUAGUCAGAUACUCGAAUAAAAAGAAAGAGAAAAGUGCACUAGCUCAAUUUUGUGUAGAUUUGACCAUGCGAGCCAGUGGGGGAUUAAUUGAUCCUGUUAUUGGUCGCGAGAAGGAGAUUCAAAGAGUAGUUCAGAUUAUUUGUCGGCGAACAAAGAACAAUCCUAUUCUUUUGGGUGAAGCAGGUGUUGGUAAAACUGCCAUUGCUGAGGGGCUGGCUAUUAAAAUUGCAAAUGGAGAUGUUCCUAUUUUCCUUGUGGCAAAACGUGUACUGUCAUUGGAUGUAGCUCUACUGAUGGCUGGUGCGAGAGAGAGGGGUGAAUUGGAAGCCAGGGUUACUAGUUUAAUACGUGAAGUGCGCAAAGCAGGUGAUGUUAUUCUCUUUAUUGAUGAGGUUCAUACUCUUAUUGGGUCUGGAGUUGCUGGAAGAGGAAAUAAGGGAUCUGGUCUUGAUAUUGCUAAUUUGCUGAAACCUGCACUUGCUCGAGGUGAAUUGCAGUGCAUUGCAUCUACAACUCUGGAUGAACACCGUUUGCAUUUCGAGAAGGAUAAGGCUUUGGCCCGCCGAUUCCAGCCAGUAUAUGUGAAUGAGCCUAGUCAGGAGGAUGCUGUAAAAAUAUUACUUGGUCUGCGUGAAAAAUAUGAGACUUAUCACAAAUGCAAAUAUACCUUAGAAGGCAUCAAUGCGGCAGUUUAUUUGUCAGCAAGAUAUAUCCCUGAUAGACAUCUUCCUGAUAAGGCUAUUGAUCUGAUUGAUGAAGCUGGUAGUAGAGCUCGGAUGGAAUCAUUUAAAAAGAAGAAGGAAGAGCAGUGCUCUAUCAUUUCGAAGUCACCAGAUGAAUAUUGGCAAGAGAUUAGAGCUGUCCAGGCCAUGCAUGAAGUGGCACUGACAAACAGGUUAAAAUAUUCUCUAAAUGAAAAUGACCAAGAGAAUGGUGUCGAUGUUGAAGUGCUAAGUGAUGGCAAGAUUAUGCCGGCUUCAAAACUGGCAGCUUCAGCUGAUGAACUAUCUAUGGUUGGAUCAGAGGAAAUUGCAAGAGUCACAUCAUUGUGGUCAGGCAUACCAGUCCAGCAGUUGACUGCAGAUGAAAGAAAGCUUCUAGUAGGACUAGAUGAUGAGCUCAGAAAGCGUGUCAUAGGUCAAGAUGAUGCUGUUGUGGCUAUAUCAAGAGCUGUAAAGAGAUCGCGUGUUGGCAUGAGUGAUCCUAACAGACCUAUUGCUACUCUACUUUUCUGUGGUCCAACAGGAGUUGGAAAGACUGAGUUAACAAAAGCUCUAGCAGCAAUUUAUUUUGGAUCUGAGUCAUCUAUGGUUAGAUUAGAUAUGAGUGAGUACAUGGAGCGGCAUGCUGUCAGCAAGCUCAUAGGCUCUCCUCCAGGGUACAUGGGAUUUGGUGAAGGUGGUACUUUGACAGAAGCAGUCAGGAGAAAACCAUUCACUGUAGUAUUGCUUGAUGAAAUAGAAAAAGCUCACCCUGAUAUCUUUAAUAUUCUUCUCCAAGUAUUUGAAGAUGGUCAUUUGACUGACUCACAGGGCCGUAGAGUUUCCUUCAAGAAUACGUUAAUUGUUAUGACAUCAAAUGUUGGUUCUGCAUCGAUUUCCAAGGGAAGGAUGAGCAUAGGUUUUCAGACACAAAAUGAUACAGAAGAAAACACAUAUAAUGUGAUGAAAUCUUUGGUAACAGAAGAGUUGAAGGCAUUUUUUCGGCCUGAAUUGCUCAAUAGAAUGGAUGAGGUAGUUGUGUUCCGUCCACUUGAGAAGACUCAGAUGCUGGCCAUUCUCAACAUAAUUUUGCAAGAGGUGAAGGGUAGGCUUUUAGCCCUCGGGAUCGGCUUACAAAUAUCUGAUGCAAUGAAGAACGUGAUUUCUCAGGAAGGAUACGACAAGAGCUACGGUGCGCGGCCGCUAAGAAGGGCCGUCACCCAGCUUGUUGAGGAUGCCAUCAGCGAAGGAAUUCUCUCUGGGCAGUACAAGCCCGGUGACACCAUAAUGAUGGAUGCUGAUGACAAGGGGAAACCUUGUUUGAGCCGGCUGAAUGACCAGACUGUUCAAAUGUCUGAUCGCACGCCAACUCUUUGAAGGCUCAAGCACCUGAUGUAUAGUAAAGCUUACUCCGUUAUUCUUUGCUACCAAUAACCUUCUUGAUUCUUUCACGUGUAGAUUCCGUAUUUCAUGUACAUAACCCCCAGACACUGGAGUUUCUCCCUGAAUAUACUGUAAAUUUAACUCUUUGGUGACCUGUACAUACUGCUGCGCUACUAACAUAUGUAUAUUCUUUACGUCAGAUGGUGGAAUAUACACACUCUUCUUUUUAAGGUGGA